GCGCGAAUACAAGGAACUGGAUCGUGAUGGGCUGUAUUGCAGAUUGUCAGUCGCCAACGGUCUGCAGGAUAUUGGACUGGAGGACCACCAGGAGGCGAACAAGAUAAUGGCGGCAACCAAGGCUUAUUUGGAUCAUCCGGACACUGUAUCCAAAUUGACGAAGUGCCUAGAGCGGAUGAGCCAGCAUGAAUGUGAGGUUGACUAUAGAUAGGGUGUCGUUAGCAUACUAAGACUUUGCCAGGUCUGUAUGAAAUGAGUUCCACCGAUCGAGCGCGAAACCAGGAAGCCCAUCUCCCUUUCCCCACAUCUACGGCAAGAGCCCUCGAGCUCCUUGACUCUAUCUCUGCUUAUAACCAUGAUCGCGUCCAACUCUCACUUGCUCAGGAAAGGUCGCCAGGCACGGCUGAGUGGAUCUUCGAAAGUGAUCAGUAUAAGAAGUGGUGGAACGCAGAUCACACUUCCUUCCUACUAUGCACUGGCCCUAUUGGUUGCGGAAAGACCAUUCUCGCUACAUUUGUGAUAGAGAACUUGUUGAAGCAGAGUAACCCCGUCUUCUAUUACUUUUGCCACGAGUCAUGGGAAGCUUCCCCAGAUGCUCAAAGUAUAUUGCGGUCGAUUCUCAAGCAGAUUGUUCUCUUCUGCGCCCGAACAAGGCAACCCUUGUCGGAUGCGGCAGUCGCACGCCUCGAGGAAGCUUCGAAAGAGAGUACAGAACUCGAUGCCCGUGAACUCAUAAUCAAUCAUUUGCACCUCCUUACAGACGCAUUUCUGAUUAUCGAUGGGCUUGAUCUGCUCGAGGAACCACACAUCAGCCAAAUUCGGGAGACCUUGGUCACUAUCUCUCGAAGCUCGCAAGUACAUCGCCUCAAAACCGCGCUGUUCUAUCAGACGACCCUGGCUAGAGGUGUCGACCUCAGCACUCAGUGGAAGGAUACCAUUCAACUGCCGCUCUCGAUAGACCAUCUGGGAAGCGAUAUCAGAACUUUCGUCAAUACUGAAGUAGAUCGAAAACAACAGUAUCGCAAGAUUACGGAUAGUGCGUUGACGUUGGAGUGGAUCAAAACGGAGCUGGUAUCUCGAGGCGAGCAGAUGUUUCUAUGGAUAGUGCUUCAGCUGGACAGCCUCUGGACCGAUGUUUAUAGUGAAGCCGACAUUCGGGACAGAAUGAACCAACUUCCUCGUGGGUUGGAAUCCACAUACAACCGUUGCCUCGAGCAGAUCGUGAGAGUGAAGGACGGCAAGCAGGAACAAAUGGCGCACAAGAUCAUGUUGUGGACACUGUGUGCGGCAAGGCAAUUGACAACUGCAGAGACCCAACGGCUAGUCGCCCUGGAUGACAAGGAUGAAGAAAUCCACUCUGAGCAGUUCUUGAAUCACGACCCGACUGCGUAUUGUGCUAACCUUCUGGUUCUCGGAUGCGGCGGUCCGCAAUUCACCCACCCCUCGGUGAAGCAGUUCCUCACCGAUCCAUCAAAGCUGGACCCGGAGCUGAAGUGGGAAGCUCUUCCUCUCAAAGUAGCGAAUUGCCGGGUUGGCAGAUUAUGUGGGAUGUUCAUGAAGAGAUACUUGCAACUGGUGCCGCGAGGGCGCACAGCGAAAACCCCUGUCGAUGUGGCUCUGAAUGUGAUGAGGGGAGUUCUUACAAACCCCUUCGUCCAGGGUAUCGUGGAUUCCCCUUUUGGCCUCAAGGUUGUCGAUGCCUCGAUUCGCCAGAAGGUGAUGAUUUCCAUCGACCAAAUCACACACAAUGCCCGGCAUGUUCACUCGCAAGCAGCGUCACCUCAACCAGCGCAUGCUACUGAUCCUGACGACUUCGCCCCGAUUACGCAUUACAUCUAUCAGAACUGGCUUUUUCAUACAGCUGAUAUGACUCGUGCUGAAUUCCGCGAGCAGUUUUUUCAUUUCUGUUUAUAUAGCGAUGCCUGGUUACCAUGGCAAAGCGAAGGUAAAUACGAGGUCAAGCAUCUUCGGAACCUGAUUCAACGUGCCAUCUCAGUAGCCCAUAACCCCCUUCUCUAUCUUGCCUGUGACCAGGUAGAGAAAAUGGACAAAUACAACGCAGUCUUUGGAAAGCCCUUAGCCAGUGAUCUACUACCCAUCGAUUACACCAUCACCACGGGUAACCUCGAAAUGGUGAAGAUAUUGAUGUUGUACUAUGGUCGACAUAUGAGCCUCGGUGGCCAUUUCACAAACGCAGUGUUACACGCCGCGCGCUGCAACAAUAGUGACAUUCUGGAGUACUUUAAGACAGUGCUACCGAGUAUCUUGGGAGAAGCUUCGACCAUUGAUUCGCUCUUUGACAUUAUUAUCGCCAAUGACAAUCCGUCCCUCCUACAAUGGUGGCUUUACACGUUUCCAGGCAGAAGGCAGACCGAAAGCGUCAGGAACCAGUUCCUGAAAGCGGUGUUGGAGAUAUGCAAGACUCACGUUGAAAAGACGGCGUGCCUCAUCCCCCUCCUGGAACAGUGGGUAAGGAUGGAAGCUGCGUCGACAGCACAAACGGCCCUUCUUACUCGAGUGAACUCUAUCAGUCUACCCAAAGAUUGCUUGCCAGUGAUUGUUCAAGUUGGCAAAACUUCCCCUGUCGAAAUCACUCUAUCACAGCUGGAGUUACUCACUCCGGGGGAUACGGAUAGUCUUCUGGAUACCGCCCUAACUCUACCUCUCAGUAAUGCCUUGCCCAUUCUCCAAGUGAUCAUCUUGCACAACCGAAGAAAGGAAGAACACUGGGUCAAAGAAUCCAUUCUAGGGCCUAGGGAUCAAUUUUCCAGACGCCUCCUGCCUUGGCUGAAACAGCUCUUCUGUGCCAUUGUACCAGAGAACGGGGCGAUCAUCACGGACGAGCUGCAAGCCUCCACACUGUUACAGUUGCUGGAAGUGCUCCCUGACGAGGCUCUCGUUGAUCUUCUAGCUAGCCAUUGUCCAGAUUGCCAGCUGCACGACCGCUGGAACCACAAUAUCCUCUACGCGUUGGCGCAUCGACCCACGGCACAAGCGUUGCAAGUACUCAAGGCCCGCAACCUUCUACCGCAAUUGGACCUGAAUGCAACCGAUGACUACGGCUGGGGCCCCCUGCACGUUGCGGCCACCCGCGGUUACAACGAGGUCGUGAUCUUUCUUCUCGUGCACGGUGCCGACCCCCAGCGGCGAAACGACCGAUCAGAGACCCCAGCCAAACUCGCCGAGAUGAGCGGCGCCACCCCGACCAUCGCAAUCCUCGACCGUUGGGAGAACAGCCCUAUCGGGGUUCUUCAUCGGGCCUUCAUGGAACAGCACGCUACCGCUCUGCAGACCCACCCGGGGAUGGAGUGGGAGUGGGCAUUGCAGCUCUCAGUCUGGCGAGCAUUGGAUAAUCUAUACGCAAAGGCAGAGGAUGCCGGGAAGCCCAUCUCGUCUGUCACUCUAGACUCGGUGGCCAGAGGCAUCCGAGUUACUUCUCCAUCUUCCUUUCCCGACGACUAUUCAUACUACAUGAGGUCACGACAGAUGUGGAUCAGACAAUAAUAUCUAUAUUUAUAUCAGAAUCUAACCCAGGGUCCCCCAAAUCAAUUACUCCGUCCAGAGUAUAUAGUUCACUGGUAAGAUUUUUCUCUUAACUCACAGCACACGGGAAUCCAUUCGUCCAUGCUAUGUUUGUCCUGAUGAAGGUGAUAAUUCAGAGAAUCAUCCCGGGGGCUAUCCACCCAAGGGAGGCUAGGCCAUCAAUCCUGCUAGAAAAUACUGUAAAUAUGCAGUG